GAAGAGCCAGGGAACAAGAAGCAAUAACAAACAAAGCUAGAAGUAAGCUAACGUAACUUUGAGAAAUCGAGCACGCAGGCGAAGUGUCUCCUUCACGGUGGAUAAACAUAUUAUUGGUUUAUAUACUACUAACCGUGUAUGAUAGGAUGUACAUGGACUACAAAGAAGGCAUAUAGUAAUCUGUCACGUAACGUUAACUGGUAUCUAACAUCUGGUAACAUUAGCCAGACGUCCGCUAACAGUAAUCCUUCCUGUCUUUUUCUUGUGGAAUUAUAUGAUUGUCGAGAAAGUAGCUAGACGUACAGAAAAACUAAUUUAAUCGUUUUUACACGACAUGUAAGAAACCCAAGUGAGACGACUGGGUUUACAUUACAUCCUUCACGGUGCCGAUUUUAGCAGGAUACUAAGAUUAGUGCAACCAAGGAUGGCUCACCUUGGUGUGUGGUGUGUAGAAGCACGAUUGAGUAUCCUUAUAGUGGUUUUCUGCAGCGUACUGGUUCCCUCACCCACACAUGCCUAUAUCUAUGCUCAUUAUAGCAAUAUGACCUCCAUGUUGUUUGAGGACCUGCCUGCCUUUUUUGGCUCCCCACUUCCUAAGGAUGGACUAAUGGGAAUUUUGGUGGCGUCUCGUCCACUUAAUGGCUGUACAGCAAUAGACCCUCCCCCUCCAUUGCCACUAUCUUAUGAUGCCAACACCACCAAAUUCAUCGCUCUCAUCAGACGCUACGAAUGCAAUUUUGAUAUAAAGGUCUUGCAUGCACAGCAGGCUGGAUACAGUGCUGUAAUCGUUCACAACAUGUACUCAGACACACUGCUCAAUAUGAACUACAGCAAUGACACUAUUGCAGAGGAAAUUGAGAUCCCCUCUGUAUUCACCAGCUACUAUGCCUCCCAAAUUCUCAGGAAUUACAUAAUUCCAGAACAAGGGGCCUAUGUGAUCCUCAAGCCGGAGUUUGCUUUUCCACUCUCGUACUACCUUAUUCCAUUCACUGGAGUAGUUGGCAUGAUCAUUCUUGUGAUGUGUGUCGUCUUGAUUAUACGAUGUGUACAGUACAGAAAAAGGCUGAGGAAAAAUCGUUUGUCCAAGGAACAGCUGAAGCGGAUUCCAACCCACAAGUUCAGGAAAGGGGAUGACUAUGAUGUGUGUGCAAUCUGUCUGGAUGAUUAUGAAGAAGGUGACAAGCUGCGAGUAUUACCUUGUUCACAUGCCUACCACUGCAAGUGUGUGGACCCGUGGCUCACACAGACCAAGAAGACAUGUCCUGUGUGCAAACAGCGCGUCACUCGCAACAACCCAGAGCACUCAGAGUCCGAGUCUGAGGAGGAAACUGGAGGACGUGGGGGGGGAGAAGGGACAGGAGGCGAAGACUCGGAGCGCACUCCUCUGCUCCGACCGUCCAACCCGGGGUCCCCCUCAGGGAACCCAGGGGCCUAUUCAGCCACCACCACUACUGCCCAGUGCCUCGCCUCCCCUCCACACUGCGACUCACCCAUCCUGGCUUAUGAAGGCUACCACUCCCCCACAGACGACACAGACUCAGACAGUGAUGACGCAGGAGAGGACAGGCACCACACUGAUGAUGACCUGGCUCAGCUCAUUGGUAGGGAUGUAGUGGAGAUCUGAUGCCUGGAACGUAGAUGCAACAAGAUUACUUAGUUUGACAUAAAAAGGGUCUUUGUGUCAUCAGGCGUGCUAUCACGCUGUACUUUAAAAUAGUUUGCAGAUUUGUGGUAAGUAACACAUUUAUUAUGACAGAAUGUUUUACCCAGUAGCCAGAGGAGGUCUAUUUGUUAGUGUCAAAGCACAUGCAGCACAUGUAUUGAAGAGUUUUACCAAAAUCCAGCAUUGAGCAUCCACCCACUAAUAUACACAUAUUCCCUCCAGUACUCCUAAAUGUGUCUGUAGACCUCCUGUUUUAAUGCAUGUUUUAAUUCAUAACUUGAACACGCCACGCGACCUAAUCACUAGUGCUGCACAAAAAGAAUGGGCCUCAUAAAUCUAAUGUGCUGUAUGAAUAAGAGUGUAAAGCCUGUGUUGCUAAACAAAAUGAAUUCUGUGUUCACACUAAAGUGGAUCUUCUAGAUUCAAGAUUUAAAAUCCUUUAUUAUUCCCACAAUGGGAAAAGUAAGGUAGGUGCAGUAUGAAGACUCUCUGUUGUCUUAAUCAUAAUUGCUUUAUAUCUGACAACCCUUUUUACCAGCUUGUUCUUAACAAGGAUGUGCAAGUGGAGGGGAAAUGUUUUAUCUUUUAAUCCAUUUAGGUCUCUUUUUGCAUUUUUUUCAAGCUCUCUGAAAUGUCAGAUUUUCUUUGUUAUACAUUUCUGCUGCUUUUACAUUGUUAUUGAUAAUACUGUGUGGUCAGUUUAAGGAAAAUAUCUUUAGCUUUAUCCAGUUUGUCAAGUUGAACAAACUCAGGUUUUUAGCAACAAGUUAAAGGUCAGUCAAUAUUGUAAAUUAAUACCAUAGUGAGAAUUAACGGGGUUUGGUCUUAUAUAUUGUUGUAGUUUUUUUGAAUCAGUAAAAUAUAGAUUCAUGAAUAUUAAUGGAUGUUUUCCAUUUUUUUUAUAUAUAUACAACAGAAUGAUAACAUGUUGAAUCGUGGGACCCUCAAGGUGUUUUUUGGAAAAAAAGAGCAUUGCCUUACAUUGGCCUUGAUGCACAUGUGUAUGUUAAACGUUUGGAAAUUGAAGGGACAGAAUUCACACUCCUUUGUUUUCCUCUUGUCUAGCCAGUAUUUAAAACUACUGGUUAGAAAGCUUAGAUCUUGUCCCCGUGUUGUCUGUAAAUGUUCUCUACAUAUGUUUUUAUGGUGACGAACAAAAAAAACGGCCUCUGUUUCCACGUUUGUACUGCUAGUAAUGAUAUAAAUAGACAGCUUAGACAUGCUUGAUUUGCACCUGAAAGUUGGACAAGCUCAGCGGCUCUCAAAUUAGAUUUGGUUUUUCUAUUUAAUAAAACGACCUAGUUGGGGUCCACGCUGUUAAAUUACAUAAAGAGCAGUACAAAUAGAAACCUUAAAAAGUUGUUUCAGCCAACCUGUUUCACUGCUCCAAAUAAAUGCACAGCGUUUACCUUGAUCUCAUAUUGUAAAUUCACAACUGGAAUUUUUUUAAGAAAUGUGUAAUAAUAACCUUACAGGGUGUGGACAUUUUUUUAACAUUGUACAAAUUUAUCCACACUCCCUUUUUGCGUAGAUGGGAUUGUGAGCAGUAUUUCCUGUGUAUUCAUUUUCUAUUGCUGCACUAAAGUCAGAGAAAAUCUGAAAUCAGAAUGAUCAUUUAGGGCUCCAGAUGUAUUGAAGAUUCUUUUAUCAAUUAAAAGAACAUGUCCUACUGUAUAACCUCAACUUGAUCUAUACCACGAAUCAGAUAGGGGACCCACAACUGCAUAUAACAGAGCAAACACUGCACAGUCUGUGUCUAAGGGUUUUCAGUAAGUUGCAUUUAGUGUGAAAAAGAGGAAUCAGUAGGACUUUGAAAUCCUAACAUUCCAUCUUUAUAUUCUACUGAUGAUUAAUUAAAAGACUCAACACUAUCAACGUUGGAUUGGGAUUUGUUGACAAUAGUCUGUAUUUUAAAAUGUUUGUUUUUCUUUUUGCUGUAUGCUUCAUAUGACUUUGUACUUUUGUUUUGCUCUACAUGUCCCUAAGACUGUUAACUGAAACAAAUGAAAAAAACAUAAUCCCCAAUUUUUUUUAAUUAUUAUUCUUCGUUUAGAAUGUGCCUAGUUUAAACACUUAAAUAAUAAAUGUACAGUGUCAAUUAUGAUUUGUGUGUAUCAAGCAGGUUUGAAACACCAUUCUGUGGAAAGCUGCAUUUAAUGUGUGAUUUGUGGAAGAUUAAACAAUAUUGAAACGGGA